CGAAGGUGGCCAACAUUCGUGAUUGGCCACGACCUCAGUCUGUGACUGAGAUGAGAUCUUUCUUAGGAAUGACAGGCUACUACCGGACUUUUGUAAAGAACUAUAGCGUAGUGGCCUCUCCUUUGACUGAUCUGACCCGCCUCGAUACCCCGUGGGAGUGGACAGAUGAGUGCGAGGCUGCUUUCAGACAUCUGAAGCAUGCACUAACGCAUUAUGAAGUCUUGAAACUUCCCGAUCCUGAUAAACCGUUUAUAGUAACCACGGAUGCUAGCCAAUAUGGCAUUGGCGCCGUGCUUGCGCAGCAGCAGGGGCCAAAGUUGAGGCCUGUUGAGUACAUGUCCAAGAAAAUGCCGUCUCAGAAGUUGGCUAAGUCCAGCUAUGAGAAAGAACUCUAUGCGGUGUUCAAGGCGCUGACCCAUUGGAGACACUAUCUCCUUGGGAGGUUCUUCAUCCUCAGGACUGGUCAUCAGACCUUGAGAUGGAUGAGAACUAAGCCUGUACUCUCUGACGCAUUGAAGCGUUGGAUAGAAGUCAUUGAGCAGUAUGACUUUGACCCUCAGUACAUCAAGGGUGAGUACAACAAGGUUGCUGAUGCCUUGUCCCGUAGACCUGACUUCUCAGGUGCGCUGAUUACUGAGUACGAUCUUACGGAUGAUGUCACUCGAUCCUUGGUGGAAGCCUAUCGAGAGGACCAGUUUAUGUCUGAGAUCAUACGCAGACUCGAGGCGAAGGAUAAACAAACUUCAGCCGAGUUUGAGUUGGUCAAUGGUUUGCUGUUUCUCGAGAAGGAAGGGAAUAAACGUUUGUGUGUCCCUGAUAAAGAGUCUUUGCGUAGUUUGUUUUUAGGCGAGUGUCAUGACGCCCCCGACCAUUUUGGGUACAAGAAGACCGCAGCCAAUUUGCUGCAAAGGUUCUGGUGGCCCACGAUGUUAAAAGAUGCUAAACUGUACGUGGAAACUUGUCAAGUUUGGCAACGAGACAAGCCCCGUACUCAGGCUCCCCUUGGGUUGCUCAAGCCCCUUCCGAUUCCGGAAAGGCCGGGUGAAAGCUUGUCCAUGGACUUCAUGGAUACGCUGGUCACCAGCAAGAGUGGGAUGAGGCAGAUCUUCGUCAUCGUGGAUAGGCUUAGUAAGUAUGCUAGGUUAAUAGCCAUGCCGAAAACAACGAAGACCGAGUAUGUAAUCAGGCUGUUCAAAGAGAACUGGGUGAGGGAUUUUGGAUUGCCUAAGUUUAUUGUAAGUGACAGGGAUGUCAGAUUUACAAGUGAGUUAUGGAAGGCCGCUGCAGCUGAACAGGGAACUCAAUUGCAAAUGACUUCUGGAAACCAUCCAGAAGCAAACGGCCAGGCUGAACAGAUGAACCGCGCUGUUCAACACCUGUUGAGGCAUUACAUUAAGCCCAAUCAGGUGGACUGGGACGAGAAGCUUGCUCUUGCCGCCAGUCUGUACAAUAACGCUGUACACAGCGCUACCGGGGUAAGUCCUAACAGUCUACAUCUUACCUUUAGGCCUAGACUGCCUUUAGACUUCCUACUUCCUGAUAACCAGCCAACUGUUGCACCAGGCACCUUGGAGUUCCCUUAUCGUUACGAACAGAAAAUGCAGGAGGCUGUAGAGCACAUGCAGAAGGCGCAGGCAAUAAUGAUAGAAUCUGAGAAUAAACACCGCCGCCCUUCUGCAUUUCAGGUUGGGGACAGAGUCUGGGUCAAGUCUUCAGAACUGGGACAGGAGUUCGGGAUAUCCCGCAAGCUCAUGCCACAGUACUUUGGACCUUGGGAAGUUUUAGACGUAGUAGGGACAGAUCCUGAUGGUCCAUCUUACGUCAUCCGUAUCCCUGGUCACCGCAGAACUUUCCCAGUCUUUCACGCCUCUAAGCUCGCUCCGUCCAAGGAAACUGAUCAGUUUCCCUCUCGUCGAUCAAUGCUGCCCCCAACCAUGGACGCGGAAGUCGACAUGGAUGAUAUCGUCGACCACAGGGAGAUGCCUGUUCAGAAGCCUCCGGGAAGGGGACGUCCUCCAAAGCCAAAGCUGCAGUUUCGUGUCCACUUCAGACAUCACACAGAUCCGAAGGAGGACCGCUGGUUUACUCGGGAGGAAUUGAUGCAGACCGCUCCUCAAAUCGUUGCCCGCUAUGAGAAGGAUGUAGCAGGGCGCAUAGCAGGAGGCACUAUUUUCCCACCAAGCUUUUGUGUGGGAAACAGGAAAGUACCCCAGAUCAAGGAGGCUAUGACAAACAGACUCGAUCGGCAAAAUAUUCUUGAAGCUGCAGAUGCAAGCCUGCGGCGGCUACAAACGGAUUACAUAGACUUGUAUCAACCCCAUUGGCCUGAUAGAUACGUUCCUCUUUUUGGAAGUAUUUCUUACGAUCCUGCCAACGAACGAGAAUCUGUGCCUUUCGAAGAGACAGUGGGUGCAAUCGGUGAGCUAAUCCGAGCUGGUAAAAUUCGUCACUGGGGAGUCUCCAAUGAAACUACAUUUGGUGUGUGUAGAAUUGUAGAGACCUGCGAUAAGUUGGGUGUACCUCGCCCCAUCUCCAUCCAGAAUUCGUAUUCUUUGCUUCAUCGGCAGUUCGAGCAUGAGCUGGCAGAGGCAUGUUCGCUGUCGAAUUAUAACAUUUCCCUGCUAGCGUGGAGCCCUCUCGCUGCUGGUUCUCUUUCUGGGAAGUACUUAAGCGGAGAACUUCCCGAGGGAUCGCGUUUUGCUAUGUUUCAAACGUUCAUGAGUCGAUUUAUUAGCGGUCGGACAAAGGAAGCAACCAGCCAGUACGCUCAAAUUGCACAUGAUAUAGGAAUAACCCCUGCACAACUGGCACUAGCAUUCUGCAAAUCGCGAUGGUUCAUGGGUUCGACUAUAUUUGGGGCAACGUCUGCCGAACAGCUCAAGGAGGACAUUGGUGAGAUUCAGUUAUAAAAAAACUUCUUUUUUUUAAUGAUUUAAAAAUAAUAAAAAAAUAACGAACAA